CUGAAGCGAUUCCUUUAGCGUUGGCUGGUAAAGAUAUACUAGCGAGAGCAAAGACCGGGAGUGGUAAAACAGCGGCUUAUUGUCUACCAGUUAUUCAAAAGAUAUUAACUGUUAAAGAGGCAAGUUUACCUCAAUGUUUUCCUCGAAUUAUUAUUUUGAAUACUGAUUUUAUUGGAUUUAACUAUAAGGCCAUACCUGAAACAUCACCAGAUCGUGCCGCAAUUCGAUCUCUUAUUUUAGUUCCAACUCGAGAACUCGCUGAACAAGAAAUAAAAGUAGUCAACAUAGCAAAUACUACACCAGUGCAGUUGCAAAGGCCGAUUUUAUCAGAAUUACCUGAUAUAAUUGUUGCAACUCCUAGUCGUGCGUUAGCACAUCUUGAAUCGCAACGUGAUAAAACCCAUUUACGGAAAAAAGACAAAGAAUAUGGAUCAUCCCGUGGUAUUGACUUCAUCAAUGUAACAGCAGUUAUAAACUUUGAUUUUCCAACGUCAACAAAAUCUUAUAUCCAUAGAGUGGGGCGAACUGCACGUGCUUCUCAAAAAGGAAUGAGUCUAAGUUUUGUUGUUCCAAAAGAACUUGCGGGAAAACACAAAUAUGUAUCAUGUUCAUCGGCAAAGCAUGAUGAAGAGGUAUAUGCUAGAGUGGAAAAACAACAAUCAUUAGCAGGUGCAACCUUAAGACCUUAUUUUUUCGAUAUGAAACAAGUGGAAGGAUUUCGAUAUCGUAUGGAAGAUGCAAUGAGGGCUGUUACGCGUGCUGCAAUUAAGGAAGCACGAUUGAAAGAUGUUAGGUCAGAAAUUUUAAAAUCAGAAACAUUGAAGACACAUUUUGAAGAUAAUCCAAAUGAUUUAAAAGCACUUCGUCAUGACACAAUAAUUCAUCCUACACGUAUACAACAACAUAUGAAACAAAUACCACCUUAUCUCAUGCCAAAAAUUGCGGCACCUGCUGCUAACGCGUCAACAGAUCCAGAUCAUAUAAAUGAAGAAUCAGCGAAAUUCAAUGAAUACAUUCCAUUUCGUAAAAAAUCUACAAACGAACGUUAUCAUGGCAAGAAGUUGUUCAAAAGCCACAAAUUUGGUCCAAAGAAACGUAAAAAUGAUCCACUGAAAACUUUUAAAUUUGAAUCUACACCAAGUAAAAAAAAG